UAUGAAGAUCGGGAAGAGGAAAACAUAUGCAGGCUGAGGUCCGACCGCUGUCCAACUGGUACGAGGCUGACGCCAGGUAGUCAGUUAAACGUGUGUUUGUGGACGUUUUGAACACUGGUCGUGUCUAAAUUAGGACGUUUGUACAGUAAAGAGCUUACUGUAGUGUACACUUAAAGCUCACUUCACUAGAAAUGAGAAGUUAAGGGUUGAGGUUAGACGAUGUACGUCUACGGCGAUUUCCUGGUGUUAUUCGUUAUGGCGUUUUCGUCGUGGUACAAUGUGGAAUGACUGAAAAAAAAAUACUAAUGAUUGACUUUGACUCAGCUUCUUAUAGUCUGGUAUGAGAAGAAGAACAUGCACUGAUGACUGGAUCCCGUCCCGACCCUUGGCGAAUAAUGCUCAGAGAAAUUGUCAUAGUGCGACAUCCUUUCUCUGUAUGCGUGCCUGUGAACCAUACGGUGACUCUGAGUGUCCGCGCUGAGGGCACGGGUAUCCUCAGCUACCAGUGGUUCACUAAUGAUAAGAAGGAGGUGUGUGGUGGCACUGAAGCUGACCUGACCUUCAAAGCUGAAAGAACUCAGCUCUACGUGUGCCGAGUGAAUGACCACUUUUUUAACUGCGUGUUCAGCGAAUGGGUGAAAGUGAAGGUGUUGGACAUUGACAAAUCAGGUUUGCCAAUACAGUGGCAGGGUGAGCCACACAUCGCUGUCAACCCUAAACCCCAGACGGUCCGACAAGGUGCAAAACUCUCUCUCCGCUGCGCUGCCUUUGGCAUCCCCACGCCACAUUAUCAGUGGUACCGAAAUGGACAGCCCCUGCUGGAUAAGACUGGUGACACACUGCAGAUUGACCAUGCAACGGCCGAACAUCAAGGAUCAUACCUGUGCUCCAUAUCUAACGUGCUAGAAGAGAGAUGGACUGAAGCAGUCGAUGUCGAGAUUGCCCAACAUGAGCGGCUUCCUCCUGCAGCGCUCACAGCCACCGACAAAGUUGCCCUCCUCAUUGGCAACUUGAAUUACUCCAGCCACCCAAACCUGAUGGCCCCUGUUAUGGAUGUACAUGAGCUGGGCAACCUCCUGCAGCAGCUUGGCUUCAGAGUGGUUUCUCUGCUGGAUCUCACCAGGGAGGAGAUGCUGGCCGCUAUUGACAAGUUCAUUCAGCUCCUUGACCGAGGAGUUUAUGGCCUCUUCUACUAUGCUGGUCAUGGGUAUGAACACGCUGGGAGGAAUUACUUGGUAGCUGUUGAUGCUCCACAACCAUACAGACCUGAAAACUGUGUCUGCGUGCAGAGGAUCAUGCUCAGCAUGCAGAAAAGACACACUGCGCUGAGUGUAAUCCUACUGGAUACGUGUAGAAAAUGGUACAACCAGCAUUGUAUACCUUCAUGCAUCAUGCCACUGGGACCUAGUGGGAACACUGUUUACGGAUAUGCAACAUGUGAAGACGCUGAGGCUUUCGAGGUGCAAGACGGAGGGAAAAGUACUGGAAUCUUCACUAAGUACUUGAAUGCCCACAUCCUACAGUGUGAGAAAGUCACACAUGUCUUAGAGAAGGUGUCAGAGGAUCUUGGCAGAGACCCACUAGUCACAGGCAAGCAGGUGGUGGAGAUCAAACACACCCUGAAGGAACCUCGAUCCCUUGCAGACCCAGUUAGGACCACCGGAUACACAAGGGAACUACACCUGCGAGAUGCGUGCUGGAGACAAGCAAAUGAGUUGCCACGGAAGAAGCGACUGAUGUUUCUUUGUGGAGUAGAAGUGGAAGUCAGCUUCUCAGCUUUGUACUCUAAUGUUUUGGUGGCUUUUGCAACUGUGAAGACCACAGGCCCCCGAACUCUGGACUGCACGGUCACUCUGAGUAGCAAACCUGUAAUGGAAGACAUAUUUUCAGGCCCCGGAAGGUCAGAGGAGAUGGACUCACUACUAAUUAAGAAAUCAGAAAACCCUGACUGUGCUCUGCGACUUUGUGCUCUUCAAAAGCUUAAGGAAUCUCUGGUCAUCAAGGUGGAUCUACACUAUACUGACCGGGACAGUAAGCGGCGCCAGACAGAAAGCCAACAGGUGGAUAUAGGAAAGCCUCUGGUGGCCUCCUGUAAACUGUACAGGAGUAAUCACGCAACAGCAGCCAAGAAAAAAGAAAGUCCUUCUGCUCAAAGUAUGGGCAACAUUUCAAGCAGCAAACCACUGGUGCAUCAGACUGUGGCUGGUCCACAACGUCCUUUCACCAGAAAAGCAGAGUGUCCUGCUAAAGUUGCAGUUACAAGGAGCAACGAACCUGAAGAGAACGAUGAGAAUGAACUUUAAGACUCAGCUCUUCAACAUUAAGGCUUUCUGGUCCUGUUAUUGUACAUACUAAUUUUAAUUGUUUUUUUUGUUUUUUUUAACUCAAAUGAUUAGGGAUUACUCGGUUGCUAAUCAUGCAUCUUUAUUAUUUGUGUUUGGUGAUGAUGAAUGAACGAGAGAAUGACUGAGGUUUGUUUGGUUUGUGUUACCAGCCUUAAAUUUGUAGUUCAACACUGAAGACAUAUUAACACUUACUUUUGCUAACCACUGAUUUAAUCAUAAAUUGUGUUAUACUUUAAAAAUAUUUUUGUUCAUCAGUGGGAAGCUGGCUAGCCUAAUUUAUCAAAGAAAAACUAUUCUUAUUAAUAACGUAUCUAAUAAAGACUACUAUUUUCCUCA